GACGGGGUUGCUACAGUUGGGUAGCAGUCGGUCCUUGGUCUGGAAAGGAGCAAAAAAAAAAAAAAAAAAACGUGAAUUAAAACCGUGCACAGGUCGGGCGGCGCUUCUCCUGCAACUUUUUAGGGGGACAGCAACUCUCAAGACCGGUACUGGGCGAAGUUCCGGGGCAACGAGGAGCAUUUUACUCUUUGCUCUCCUUUCGAUCGCUCCGGUGAAGUUGCAGCAGCGUGCGAGACUUCACUCGGACUACCAACUUUCUGGGCAGAAAAGUCGGUCGGUGGUCGACAGUUUUGUUCUGCAGGAAUGUCGCAGAAAGAGAGACCCACUUUUUACCUGCAGGAGGUCAACAAGACGAUAUGGGAAGUGCCGGAGAGGUACCAGAGCCUGUCCCCGGUGGGCUCCGGCGCGUACGGAUCCGUGUGUUCUGCGUUUGACAUGAAGAUGCCUUUGAAGGUGGCUGUGAAGAAGCUGUCGCGGCCGUUUCAGUCCAUUAUCCAUGCCAAAAGAACAUACAGAGAGCUGCGUUUGCUUAAACAUAUGAAGCAUGAAAACGUUAUUGGCCUCUUGGAUGUUUUCACCCCUGCUACUAGUCUGAAGGAAUUCACUGACGUGUAUCUUGUGACUCACCUAAUGGGGGCGGAUCUCAACAACAUUGUGAAAUGUCAGAAGCUCACAGAUGACCACGUCCAGUUCCUCAUAUACCAGAUCCUCCGAGGAUUAAAGUAUAUCCACUCAGCUGACAUCAUUCAUAGAGAUCUGAAACCCAGUAACCUGGCAGUAAAUGAAGACUGUGAGCUGAAGAUUUUGGACUUUGGUUUGGCAAGGCACACUGAUGAUGAGAUGACUGGCUACGUGGCCACCCGUUGGUACCGCGCUCCAGAGAUCAUGUUGAACUGGAUGCAUUACAACAUGACAGUGGAUAUUUGGUCAGUUGGGUGUAUAAUGGCAGAACUUCUCACUGGAAGAACUCUGUUUCCUGGCACAGACCACAUUGAUCAGUUGAAGUUAAUCAUGAUGCUCGUCGGAACUCCAGGGCCAGAGCUCUUGAUGAAAAUAUCUUCAGAUUCUGCCAGGAAUUACAUCAGCUCCUUGCCACAAAUGCCCAAGAGGAAUUUUGCUGACGUAUUCAUUGGUGCCAAUCCUCUAGCUGUUGACCUUUUGGAGAAAAUGCUGGUUCUGGAUACAGAUAAGCGGAUAACAGCUGCUGAGGCUCUUGCCCAUCCCUACUUUGCUCAGUACCACGACCCAGAUGACGAGCCAGAGGCUGAGCCGUACGACCAGAGCUUUGAGAGUCGAGAGCUGGAAAUUGAUGAGUGGAAACGACUAACCUACGAGGAGGUGUGUAGUUUUGAGCCGCCCAUCUUUGAUGAGGAUGACAUGGAGUAAUGACAUGAGCCACCUGCCUCCACCCAAGACCUUUCAACAUGUACAUUAGUGUUAAACUUUCAGGCAAGCAUUGCACUGCCUGUCAAACUUUGUCAGUCUUUAUUUCAGAAAACAUCAUCAGUGAUUAACUGUAAUGAGAUUACCAGUGCAAGGAGAGCAAGAAUCGGACCAGCUAUCGUUCUUAUUUAUAAACCACUUCUGUUUAUUGGUCAGUUGCCAACACCUGAAAUCAUUUUUACUUCAGACUUUGACUCAUCACUGUGAUACUCUGAUGCUGAAACACUUGGACCUAUAGCUGUGCUACUUUGUGUUUUACAUUUUUUUUUCAGUAAUAUAUCAAUAAGCCUUUGUCAUAAGGAAUCUGUCUGAAAACCACCUUGCCAAGCUGUCACAGACAGCAGUGGUCACUUUUCCCCCUUUCUUUUCAAUCAUGAUUCUACAUAUAUUAAAAGAAAUUACUUUGAAUGCAUUCAUAUGAGAGAGAUUUUAUAUUUUAAAAUAUUUGACGAAUUCAGGAUAUGUUUUGUGUGUAGUUACUCGCCUUUACAGCUUACCAACUGAAUUUAAUAAAAAAGAAAAAAGAAAAAAAAAGUAUUUUCAAAGGUUUUAUGCUUUGUGAAGCUUUCACAGAAAAAUCGUAGCCUCUACUGGUUAAAGAUGAUCCUCUUUACCAAGGCAUCGAGAGGGGGAAAAAAAGGAAACAUAUUUAACGGGCUAUGGCUCUGCGCAAACAUAUGUAAAUAUUUGCCUUAAUUUUUAAAUUUGACUCUUUGUGAUUAUAAAGCAGUCACUGUUAGCUUGUAUAUGAAGACAUUGUGUGUGUCUUCAAGUUUGUUGUUGGUUUACAAAGACAUUAAGUGUAAUGCUACAACCUCUUAUAGAAAUACUGCAUAAGUGUGUGAAAGAGGGAUUUGUAUUUAUAGAUUGUCGAGCUGGUAUUUAUAAGCAACAAUCGUAAGACCCCUUAAACUAUUUUUCAGUCCUGCAGAGGUAACUGCAAACUCCUGUCCUUUUAACAAAAUAAAGACUUAUUUUUAAGACAA